GAUGGGUUUUGAGUAUAUAUCAACGUUGUUUUAAAAUAUGCUUUAAAUUAAUAAAGUUUAUAUAGUUUAAUUUUUAAAAUAAAGGCUAUGUUAAACCGUCGGCUGGCAAAAACACCUUUAAAAGCUGACGGCAUGCAUCAGCCCAUCCAAUACACCGCUCAGCCCAGGAUCAGGGCUGACUUGGGUGGGUCUGGAUUCCAAAAGGGAUUCCUAGGUUUUCUGGAAGUCGCCUUUCUGGCAAUAGGGCAUUUAUGGGGGUUGAGGGAGAGUUUGGUAUGGGUCUUUUAGGGGACUCUGUGAUGCAGAAACAACAGGAACAAACAGCAACAGGAGGGACGAGGUGGGCUGGGAAGGGGUCAGCGGGAGGUAUUUUCAUUCUUAACUCACUACCUCCAGAUGAAGGCUAAAACUCAGGAAGAAGUCAGGUGACACCAAGGGCAGAAGUAACCAACGUGCACCAGCACUGGGGCGUAACCUAGGGCAAACGCGCACCGAAAGCUUUCCUGCGGCGGUUUCUCUGGCCAGCCCACGCCUCCAGCCUCUGCUCCACGCCACUCCCUCCCUGCCAAGUGGCUCUCGGGUCUGGAGGCGGGACCGAGCUUUCCGGUGGCCCCUGGAGGCUCGGGGCUGCGAGCUCUGGGAGGCUGGAAGGGGAGAGAAGGGAGGGGCGCUGACUGGGCAGUCCAAAGAGGAGGGGGCCUUUAAUAGGCUCGCCCAGAUCUUGGGUUGCUGCGCGGCGAGUGGCUGCGGCAAAGAAAAGCCGUCCGGCACCUCCUGCCUGCUUUCCGCUGCAAAUUUUCCUCCUUGCACUUGACAGCGGUUGCACUUAAGCUCCCAGAGCGCGCUUGGCUUGGAAAGGCACAGGUAGGAGGCGCGGGCUGCGGGUGCACGCUCGCCGCUCUUGGAGGUGUCUCUCUGCAGUGGCUGGCUUAAUCUUCUGUGAGCUGCCGGCUGCCCCGGAGCGUUGGUGGUUCCACUGCGCGGGCUGCAAGGAGCUCGGUGCACGCUGCCGGGCGCCAGGCCGAGCCCCCGGGCACAGUGCGGCCGUGCGCUUCCCGGCGCCAUGCUUCUCCUGGGCAUCCUAACUCUGGCUCUGGCCGGGCGCCCUGCGGGUGGCUCGGACCUGGAGCGGGAGGUCGUGGUCCCCAUCCGCCUGGACCCGGACAUCAACGGCCGCCACUACUACCGGCGAGGUCCAGAAGAUCCCGGGGACCAGGGACUCAUUUUUCAGAUCGCUGCGUUUCAGGAGGACUUUUACCUACACCUGACGCCGGAUGCCCAGUUCCUGGCUCCCGCCUUCGCCACUGAGUUCCUGGGCGAUCCCCUUCGGGAGCUCGCCGCCAGCGCGUUAGACCCGCGACGCUGCUUCUACUCGGGGGACGUGAACGCCGAGCCGGACUCGUUCGCCGCCUUGAGCCUGUGCGGGGGUCUCCGCGGCGCCUUCGGGUACCGAGGUGCGGAGUAUGUCAUCAGCCCGCUGCCCAACGCCAGCGCGCCGGCAGCACAGAGAAACAGCCAGGGCGCGCACCUCCUGCAGCGCCGGGCGGCCCGUGGCGGGGCCUCCGGAGACCCCGCCUCCCGCUGCGGGGUGGCCUCGGGCUGGAACCCCGCCAUCCUGAGGGCGCUGGACCCUUACAGGCCACGGCGGACGGGCGCACGGGAGCGUCCCGGGCGCCGCGGCCCCGCGCGAGCCAAGCGCUUCGUGUCCAUCCCGCGGUACGUGGAGACGCUGGUGGUGGCGGACGAGUCGAUGGUCAAGUUCCACGGAGCGGACUUGGAGCAUUACCUGCUGACGCUGCUGGCCACCGCGGCGCGGCUCUACCGCCACCCCAGCAUCCUCAACCCCAUCCACAUCGUGGUGGUCAAGGUGCUGCUGCUCGGGGACCGCGACCCCGGGCCCAAGGUUAGCGGCAACGCGGCUCUGACGCUGCGCAACUUCUGCGCUUGGCAGAAGAAGCUGAACAAAGUGAGCGACAAGCACCCCGAGUACUGGGACACCGCCAUCCUCUUCACCAGGCAGGACUUGUGUGGGGCUACCACCUGCGACACGCUGGGCAUGGCAGAUGUGGGCACCAUGUGUGACCCCAAGAGAAGCUGCUCCGUCAUCGAGGACGAUGGGCUGCCGUCAGCCUUCACCACCGCCCACGAGCUGGGCCAUGUGUUCAAUAUGCCCCACGACAACGUGAAAGUGUGUGAGGAGGUCUUUGGGAAGCUCCAAGCCAACCACAUGAUGUCCCCAACCCUCAUCCAGAUUGACCGUGCCAACCCCUGGUCAGCCUGCAGUGCGGCCAUCAUCACUGACUUCCUGGACAGUGGGCACGGCGACUGCCUCCUGGACCAGCCCAGCAAACCCCUCUCACUGCCCGAGGACCUACCGGGGACCAGCUACUCCCUGAGUCAGCAGUGUGAGCUGGCCUUCGGCAUGGGCUCCAAGCCCUGCCCGUACAUGCAAUACUGCACCAAGCUGUGGUGCACCGGCAAGGCCAAGGGGCAGAUGGUGUGCCAGACCCGCCACUUCCCCUGGGCGGACGGAACUGGCUGCGGCGAGGGCAAGUUCUGCCUCAAGGGGACCUGUGUGGAGAGACACAACCUGGACAAGUACCGGGUGGAUGGCUCCUGGGCCAAGUGGGAGCCCUACGGUCCCUGCUCUCGUACCUGCGGCGGGGGCGUCCAGCUGGCCCGGAGGCAGUGCAGCAGCCCGGCCCCUGCCAACGGUGGCAAGUACUGCGAGGGGCAGAGGGUGAAGUACCGCUCUUGCAACCUGGAGCCCUGCCCCACCUCAGCCUCCGGCAAGAGCUUCCGGGAGGAGCAGUGUGAAGCUUUCAAUGGUUACAACCACAGCACCAACAGGCUCACGCUUGCCGUGGCGUGGGUGCCCAAGUACUCGGGGGUGUCUCCCCGGGACAAGUGCAAGCUCAUCUGCCGAGCCAAUGGCACUGGCUACUUCUAUGUGCUGGCACCCAAGGUAGUGGACGGCACACUGUGUUCUCCUGACUCCACCUCGGUUUGCGUCCAAGGAAAGUGCAUCAAGGCUGGCUGUGACGGCAACUUGGGCUCCAAGAAGAAGUUUGACAAGUGCGGGGUGUGUGGGGGAGACAAUAAGAGCUGCAAGAGGGUGACGGGACUCUUCACCAAGCCCAUGCACGGCUACAAUUUCGUGGUUGCCCUCCCUGUAGGCGCCUCUAGCAUUGACAUCCGCCAGCGUGGCUACAAGGGGCUGAUUGGGGAUGACAACUAUCUGGCCGUGAAGAACAGCCAAGGCAAGUAUCUGCUCAACGGGCACUUUGUGGUGUCGGCCGUGGAGCGGGACUUGGUGGUGAAGGGCAGCCUGCUGCGGUACAGUGGCACAGGCACGGCGGUGGAGAGCCUGCAGGCGUCCCGGCCCAUCCAGGAGCCCCUGACCGUGGAGGUCCUCUCUGUGGGGAAGAUGACACCGCCUCGAGUCCGUUACUCUUUCUACCUGCCCAAAGAGCCGUGGGAGGACAGAUCUUCUGUUCCCAAGGAGCCCCGUGCACCUUCUGUGCUGCACAACAGCGUACUCCGCCUCUCCAACCAAGUGGAGCGGCCAGACCACCGGCCUCCUGCACGCUGGGUGGCAGGCAGCUGGGGACCCUGCUCUGCCAGCUGUGGCAAUGGCUUGCAGAAGCGAGCAGUGGACUGUCAGGGCUCUUCGGGGCAGCACAGGGCCUCUGCCUGUGAUGUAGCCCAUCGACCAGUGGAGAUGAGAGCCUGUGGGGAGCCCUGCCCAGCUUGGGAGCUCGGGACCUGGUCACCCUGCUCCAAGACCUGUGGUCGGGGAUUUAAGAGGCGCCCACUCAAGUGUGUGAGUCACGGAAACCGGCUGCUGCCCCGGGAGCAGUGCAACCUGCGCCGCAAACCCCAGGAGCUGGACUUCUGCAUCUUGAGGCCCUGCUGAGUGGGACUGUCCCUUUCCUUCUCUCAUUCUUAGCCCCUUGUUGUGCCAGUGCUCUGGCCAGCUGGAGCAGAGGAUGGUGACAAGUGGCUUGUGCCACCAUGCCACUCACAUCCAGGACAAGGACCGUGGAUUGGGAUGAGUGGUUCCUUCCUCCCUGGACCGGGCAGGAGGUGCUAACUAACGCACGGUCUACCUCAUGCCCCGCUCCUCGGGGGCCCAGUUUCGGGGAGAGGCUGCAAGGUGUGGGUGCUGGACAGAAGGUGCUGAGGCCCAGUUUCCAGGGGAUGUGGAGGAUGGGCUUCUCCUAGGGAGAAUUCAGGGACCUCAGCCCCCAUCAGAGAGCCACACGCUGCUGGAAGAGCCAUGGCCCAGCAGCUUGGCUCCCUCAGGUGACCCCAGGGGCACUGAGCCGUCCCUGAACAAGGCAGGGUUGUCAUGGUGCUUUCAGACCCCUUUCUUUUCUGGCUGAGAGGCCAAUCAGUGAAGACCAGGUGGUGGGGUGGAAGCUGAGGACAGUGAGCUUGCUGACGACUGGAUCUCAGGUCCCUUUGAUGGGAAAGAUGUGGAUGGAAACAGGGAGUCCUGGGGCUUCUGGUCUCCCACCUGGGCUCUCCUGGAAAAGUGGGCCCCUCCCCGUCUCCCCCAGCCAGGGCACUGGACUAGGGGUGGGGCUGCCACUAGGGUCCUUGGAGGCUUUGUGGAAAGAGGAGAAAGUCCCUUGGAGUCUGCCCCCUUUGUCUAGAGGGAGCUGGCCACUGCUAAGAGAUGCCAGUGCAUGGGGUUGGGGGUUAGGGAAGAGCUAGAGGCUGCUCUGGUUGUGGGACUGGCUCAGCGGCCCUGAGCUCUGGGCUGGGCACUGGGAAGUGACCCUGGGUUGGGGAAGAGGGAGGCAGCUCCAGUCCUGAUGACUUUUUCUCCUAAGAGGGAAGCGUGAGUAAGGCUAAUGCCUCAGGCUCUGCAUUGCCUCAGAGGAUCUCCGGGUGACCACAGCCUGGUACCACUGGGAGGCGAGCAGGGUGUGCCCAGAGGAGCAUCUCUCUUGCUGCAAGCUGGGCUUCUGCUGGCUGCGGUGGGCACGUCAUAUCACUUUUCCAGUUGGGAAUUGGGUUGUCUGUGUGCUACCUCAGAUUAGGCUCUCUGGGAACCCACCCUGUCCCUAGGGACAGAGGUGACCUGGUGCUUCCACUACACCCAGCUGUCACCUUCACAGAGCAACCUGGCAGCCAGAGAGAUAGAUGUGUGUGUGGUGCAGGGCCAUCCCCAGGCCUCCAGGCAUGAGUAUGGAGAGAGGGUCUUUCUCCCGGUUCCUUCAGGAGGCAACAAGAGUCAUUUACCUGACAUAGAGGCCUUGGAAGCUGCCAGAAGGAACUGCUGGAGACCUCUCAGUUUUGUUGACGUGGAAGGGGAAAAGCCAGGCCUCUUCUUUAGCUCCUAGUGGGGAGACAUUGUGGGGGGAGAGAGCCUUUGUGGAGCAGGUUAUUUCUUGAAGGCUUGGAUGCUGUGGUGUGGAAAGGGAGUGUUCUGCUUUUCAGUACAGGUGGAGUCCAGGGGCUCAAUGAAGAAUUUAAAGGAGUUUAGAUUGAAGCAUGAAUCUUUCCUGGGGAGAAGGAUGCAGUUAUUUCCUGUGGUUUCCCUCAUAGUCAAAAUCCACAAAGCAAGCAGCCAGCCAGCCAGGCCGCUGGUUUAUGGUAUUCUGACACUGGUCUAACCCAAGGCUGGAGGGCAAGAAUCGAGCUCCAGCAUGGGGUCGAGGGCCUUUGGCUCCUCAGAGCGAUGCUGCAGAUCUGCAGAUACUCUCGACAGAGUGAGGAGGAGUCCUCUUCCUCAUACAUGAGGCUCAGAGACAAAAGGACCCCAGGGUGUGGGCACAAAGGAGCCUGUGCUCUGAUUGGUGCAUUUCCUUCCAGGUGAGGAGAGGGCAGGGUGGGGCCGUGCAGAGUGGGCGGAGGGUGGCAAUAUCCACAGUAACUGGCUCCCUAGCAGGGGUGUUUGCUGACCGUUCUUUAGAGAUCAUUUCAAGAGAGGUAACCACUCUUGUUCCUGACACGAGCCAGAUCUCCACGCUCCUUACUGUUAUGGCUCUUCCCCUUUUGCCUUUUCUUAAAACAAAAGAACCCCCCCCCCCAAACAAACCAAAAAAACCUGAACUAUGACCAAGACAAUUUGGGAAGUUUGUCUUGUCUUUGAACAUUUCCUUAGACCAGCCAGGCUUCCCAGAGCUGAGAGGAGAUGAGACGCAGGCACAGGGCUCCGGGGGUGGUGUCUGGUGCCUAUGGGAGAAGAGGAGCCUUCUGGGGGCUCCAGCAGUUUCUACAGUAAGUGUGGACCAGUGAGGCCUUGGGUUUGUGAUCCCCCAGCCUCCUUUAUCCAUCGGGUGCACUGAUUGGAGAAACCUCACCCAAAUCCCCUCAAUACUGGAGAGGAGCUGCAGGAACCGAGGACUGUCUGAGGGACUGGAUUUGCCUCUGCCUGGGAGUUGGCUCCUGAGGACACCAGACACUGUCAUUGGUAGAACCCUGUGCUGUACUUGGUUCUUUUGCAUUCCAUGCACUGCAGAGGGAUGGAACGGCCUGGGUCCUGGCUGGACAUGUAUACUGUGUAUACAGGGAGUGGCUGCAGGGGGAUGGCAGCCUGCUACCAAUAAAGUCAGAAGUAUUUAAAA